CAUCUUGCAGACAUUCCACCCCCUGUUCCACAGCCACCUGAAAAUUCAUCAAACAACAACCAAUCACCUGCAGUAUCGAAUGGAAUUUUCACAAAAGAACAAACACUUUUCAUUAUUUCAGGAUACAAAGACAGAAAAGCAAAAUUUUUAUCACCUACAUACAAGAAAAAAACAUUAUGGAUGAAUAUAACAGAGGAGCUGAACAAAGCUUUCUCAACAAAUUUUUCUGUUGGCCAGGUAGAGGGAAGGUGGAAAACUCAAUUAAGCGCGUAUAAACGCCAUCAGACUGACCAAGGAAAGUCCGGGCAAGAAAGGAAAGAUUUCCCUUAUGAAGAGGAAUUUCAGGACAUAAUGAUGGAUAGGCAUGAUAUAAAUCCACAGUAUGUUGCUGGAUCUUUGUCCACAAAUAGUUCCAGUACUGAUGAGCCAGGUACGAGCGCAAGUGAACCGGGUAUCUGUGAACCUCCUAAGCCCAAAAAGAAAAGAAAAAAUUUGAACACAAAUUCAACUCAGGCUCUCAAAUUUUUAGAAGAUUUUGCUGAAAAUAAAAAUAAAAAAAAUGAAGAAAACAUGGAGAAAAUUGAAAGAAUGCAUAAAGAGAAAAUGGAAAUAUUUAGUGGCUUCCUUUCAGUUCUAAAAAACAUGAAAGAUUAA